AUGGGCAGCCAUAAUUUCAACGUAGACAUCCACAACAAGCACAAAAUUCCGAACCCUUUAAACGCAGACGAAUUUAGAAGGCAGGGCCACAUGAUUGUAGACUUCAUUGCUGAUUAUUAUCAGAACAUCGAAAAACACCCAGUUUUAAGCCAGGUUGAACCUGGUUAUCUUCGAAAACGCUUGCCGCUUUCUGCCCCUCACAAUCCUGAAACUAUAGAAACUAUUCUCCAAGAUGUGCAAAAACAUAUACUUCCAGGCAUUACACAUUGGCAGAGUCCUAACUAUUUUGCGUACUUCGCUGCAAGUGGAAGCACUGCAUCUUUUCUUGGAGAAAUGCUUUGCACUGGCUUUAAUAUCGUUGGAUUCAACUGGUUGUCUUCUCCAGCCGCAACUGAAUUAGAAAGCAUUGUAAUGGAUUGGCUUGGUCAAGUACUUCAGCUUCCAAGCUGUUUUCUUUUCUCCGGAAGUGGUGGUGGUGUUAUUCAAGGCACUACCUGUGAAGCCAUUUUAUGCACUCUAAUCGCUGCAAGAGAUCAAAUGUUACGUGGUAUUGGCAAGGAAAAAAUUGGAAAAUUAGUUGUUUAUGCUUCUGACCAAACACAUUCUGCACUCCAAAAGGCGGCUCAGAUAGCUGGAAUUAAUCCAGAGAAUUUUCGGGCUAUUAAGACAACUAAAUCAACAUUAUUCGCGCUAUCUCCUGAUUCACUGAGGGUAACUAUUCAAUCAGAUAUAGAAAAAGGUCUAAUCCCGUUGUUUCUCUGUGCAACCAUAGGCACAACUUCAACCACAGCUGUUGAUCCAUUGAGGCCAUUAUGCGAUGUAGCGAGAGAAUAUAACAUUUGGGUUCAUGUGGACGCUGCUUAUGCCGGAAACGCCUGUAUAUGUCCAGAGUUUCAACAUUUUCUUGAUGGACUAGAGGAUGCAAAUUCUUUCAGUCUGAAUGCACAUAAAUGGCUUUUGACAAAUCUUGAUUUUUGUUGCUGCCUUUGGGUUAAGGAUCCAAACGCUCUUAUAAAAUCCCUUUCAACAAAUCCUGAGUACUUAAAGAACAAAGCUUCUGAUUCAGCACAAGUUAUAGAUUAUAAAGACUGGCAAAUAGCUCUAAGCAGAAGGUUUCGGUCACUGAAACUUUGGCUUGUGUUGAGAAGCUAUGGCGUGGGUAAUCUUAGAACAUUCCUCAGACAGCAUGUCGAAAUGGCUAAAGUUUUUGAAGGACUUGUAAGAGAGGACAAAAGGUUUGAGAUAGUUGUGCCGAGGAAUUUUGCAAUGGUUUGCUUCAGGAUUGUACCAGGAGCCAUUGAAAUGGGAAAAGGUGGAGUUCAAAUAUUGCCUGAUCGUGAGAUACUUGCAAAUGAACUGAAUAGAAGAUUAUUGGAGUCAAUUAAUGCCUCAGGAUGCAUUUUUAUGACUCAUGGGAUGGUUGGUGGAGUUUAUUUCAUGAGGUUUGCUGUUGGUGCCACUCUUACAGAAGAUCACCAUGUCAUUAUGGCUUGGAAGGUUGUUCGGGAACAUGCAAAUGCCAUCUUAAGAACUUUCUCUCUCUCAGAUUGGGGGUGUUAUGAAACAAUUGAUCCAAUUCCAUUCCUUCCCCUUUCCUAAUUUCUGUGUCACCCACAACAUUCUGGAGAUAGCGAGUUUCAGAUAUUGACAAAGGGAGUGACCUCUUGCAAAAGAAUUCAUGAUGAGGCCAAAGCUUAUACUGACUUACGAGAUCAACAGCACCACCAAGCUCCCUUUGCC